AGCCCUAGCUUGAACAAUCUAAUCUGCUUCCAAUUCCCACGCAAAGCUUGAGCUAACUUUGAGUUAAACUUACUGCAACGUACGUAACAAUGAGGCUUCACCAUCUCCAUGUGGCCUACCAGCUGGACAAAGCAUCAUCGUCUUCGUGUCCGGCGCCAUCCAUCUCGCCGUCGAUCCCCGGCUCGGCCUUCCCUGCCUUCGCAUUAAAAUGCCUCCGCCCGCUAGCGCCGAAGAUCUCGUUGCCGGAGCCGAGGAAGACGAUCGCCCCGCCUGACUUCGUCCCCCGCGCCAGAAAUGUUUCCAAGCUGCUGAACUACGCUGUGCAGGUGCCGACGGCGGGGACGACGAGGUGGAACCCGUCGCCGGAGCAGAUAAAGGUGCUGGAGAUGCUGUACCGCGGCGGGAUGCGGACGCCGAACUCCGUCCAGAUCGAGAGGAUCACGGAGGAGCUCGGCAAGUACGGUCGGAUCGAGGGCAAGAACGUGUUCUACUGGUUCCAGAACCACAAGGCCCGCGAGCGCCAGAAGCAGAAGCGUGCCGCCCUCCUCACCCUCAGCACGCUCGACUCUUCCUCGUUGCCCUCGAACCAAACCAAGGACAUGCCGGAUGAGAAGAAGAAGAAGGAAUUGCACGACGACGGUUUGACGAGCUGCAAGCGGCGGUGCAAGGCUUGGGGUGACGGCGCCGGCGAUGGAGACGCCGCAACGGAGGAUGCGACCGACGACGAUGUGACCCUGGAGCUCUUCCCGUUGCGUCCCCUGGGAAAAGCUUAG